AAAGACUUGUGAAGAUGGAACAACAAAAGGAAGGGACCAUGCCAGAGAGGAACAACCUGUUCCUGCCAUCACCUGGGACCGAGUCAUGGCCGCCUGCACCUUUUCCAGCCCUGCACCCUUCUCUCCUGGGCACCCCAGAUCCAGCCCACCUGGGGCUCCCCGAGAGCCUGGCCUCUGUCACCGUCCCCAUCCGCCUGGAUGCCCUUUCCUACCUCCUGCACAGCGCCCUCAUGGGGGCCUACAGCUAUCAACAGUCCUUGCCCUCCUGCCCCUGCACUUCCCCACCGCCGCAAGGCACUGCCAGAAGGCUGUACAGAGGUCGAGGGGGCUGGGAGGUCCGAUGCAGGCCAGGCCGGGGCCAGGGACAGCGACGAUGGGGACUUGGGAGGGCUGAGAAGGCAGAGAGGGGUUGGAUGGAGGGCUCUAGGGCUGGCCCCAAGAAUCCACCAGCAACACCGCCGUCAUCACCACCACCUGCCCAGGAUGGGAAGAAGGAAACUCAAGGUCUGGAGCCUCCCUUGGAGACGCCACCUGCAGAAGACUGGGAGGCAGAGUACUAGGGGCCUGAGGGUCCUGUACACCCCUGACUCCGGAAGGGCCCCUUGAGGGUCUCCAGGAGGGUGACCUUAGCCCUGCCAGAGAUAACCCAAGAAACAUCUUACUCCCAUCCCUCUCCCCCCAAAACCACAGCCUCAGAAGUGGGUCCUCUGAGUCACUGGUGAAACUCGGACCUGA